AUGGCCGAUUCGAAGCUCAAGGUUGAGAAGCAACACGAUCUCGGAGUUCUCGAAGAGGAUGACGAAUUCGAGGAAUUCCCUGCUGAAGACUGGAAGCAAGUCAACGAUGACGAGAAGGUCGAUGAAGUCUGGGAAGAGAACUGGGAAGAUGACAAUAUUGAAGACGACUUCUCCAUUCAGCUCCGAGCCGAGCUGGAAGCUAAGGGCCACAAGCUGGAACAACUGGUCGUUCCCAAGAGCGAGCAAGCGGAAAAUUAA